AUGAAGUGGGCCAUCUUUCUGUGUGCCAUGGUGGCGCUCUCUGAGUGCCUACACAAGGUCCCUCUGAUCAAGGGGAAGACUGCCAGAGAGACCUUGGAGGAGCAGGGCCUGUGGGAGGAGUACAGGCGCAAAUACCCAUACAAUCCCAUGGUCAAGUUUGACCCCAGCUUCGCUGUCGGCAGUGAGCAGAUGACUAACGAUGCAGAUCUGUCUUACUAUGGUGUCAUCUCCAUCGGCACCCCCCCACAGUCCUUCAGAGUCAUUUUUGACACUGGCUCCUCCAACCUGUGGGUGCCCUCCGUCUACUGCAACAGCGCCGCCUGCAACAACCACAGGAAGUUCGUGCCUUCUCAAUCCUCCACCUACCGGUAUGCUGGCCGCCCCCUCUCCAUCCAGUAUGGGACUGGCAGCAUGACCGGUUUUCUGGCAUACGACACUGUUCAGGUGGGUGGCAUCGUAGACACCAACCAGAUCUUUGGUCUGAGCCAGUCUGAGGCCCCCUUCAUGGCCCACAUGGCAGCUGAUGGUAUCCUGGGUCUGGCCUUCCCCAGCAUCUCUUCCUCUGGAGCCACCCCUGUGUUUGACAACAUGUGGAAGCAGGGACUGGUGUCUCAGGACCUCUUCUCUGUCUAUCUCACCAGCAAUUCCCAGAGUGGCAGUGUGGUGACCUUUGGUGGGAUUGACCCUUCCUACUACACUGGGAGCAUUGUCUGGAUCCCUCUGUCUUCUGAGACCUAUUGGCAGAUCACCAUGGACAGUGUUACUAUCAAUGGAAAUACCGUGGCUUGCAAUGGUGGUUGUCAGGCUAUUGUGGAUACUGGCACGUCUCUGAUUGUUGGUCCCAACAAUGACAUCAGUAACAUCAACCAAGGGGUUGGAGCUUCUGUAUACAAUGGCGAUGCCAGGGUGAACUGCAACUCCAUCAACAGCAUGCCUGAUGUGACCUUCAACAUCCAUGGACAUGCCUUCACCAUCUCUGCAAGUGACUACGUCCGCCAGUCCCAAUAUUAUGGUUGCCGCACUGGGUUCGGCAAUGGCGGCUCCAACCUGUGGAUCCUGGGUGAUGUCUUCAUCAGACAGUACUACUCCAUCUUCGACAGAGCCCAGAACUUGGUGGGUCUGGCCAAGGCUGUGUAA